ACUAUCCGAUCCCAAUUCGUCACUGGAGAGGCAUGGGUGAGUAGAAAGUUAGAAGGUGGGAAUUUGUUGUGUAACAGCAAUUUGGCAUGGAAAUUGGUCAAAUACGAGGUUCAGCGAUUCCUAUCCACCGUGGCCAUGUCUCGCUGUCGAGAACCCCAACGUUGUCGUGCUCCCGAAAACGCAUGUUUAUUCUAGGAAUGGGAUUCGUGGGGCAAUCGUUUGCACGCAAGCUCCACAACCAAGGAUGGGUGGUGUCUGGGACUUGCAGAACCCUUGUGAAGAAGAAGCAGCUUCAGGACAUGGGAUUUCGUGUUCACCUUUUUGAUGCAAACCACCCCGAACUGAGUAUCCUACGACUACUAAAAAAUUACACCCACUUUCUUGUUUCUGUCCCACCUACUGUGGGCAUUGGUGAUCCGAUGCUUCAGCAUGAAGAACUUAUAAGAAGCUCGUUAGUCAAUGGAGAUCUUCAGUGGCUCUGUUACUUGUCUUCAACUAAGACACUUUCUGUCUGGCAGGCAUCUAUGGAGACUGUGACGGUGAAUUGGUGGAUGAGGAGUAAGAGAGUUUGUCCAACAAACCCAGAAAGUGAGUUGGCUAAAUUAAGAUUAACAUCUGAAGAAGGCUGGUCAAAUUUGGCUCACAAUCUUGGGAUAUCACCGCUAUUAUUUAGACUGGGAGGUAUCUAUGGUCCUGGUAGAAGUGCUGUUGAUACAAUAAUCAAGCAGAAGUCCUUGUCAGAAGGUCAGAAGAGGAGAAAGUACCGAAAAUAUACAUCCAGAGUUCAUGUUGAUGACAUCUGUCAGGCACUUAUGGCUACUAUAUAUGCACCUCCCCCAAGGGAAGUUUACAAUAUUGUUGAUGAUGAUCCUGCUCCACGAGAAGAAGUAUUUGAAUAUGCAAGAAAAUUGGUGGAGAAAAAGUGGCCAGGCUUGAACUUACAACCUUUGGAGCAGAAAGAGUGCUCAGUUGUAAAAACAAGAAAUCCAAGGGGUGAGAAGCGAGUGUCUAAUGCCCGAAUGAAGAAGGAACUGGGAGUGCAGCUACUUUACCCUGAUUACAUAUCAGGAUUGCAGAGUAUCAUUGACCAAAUUGAGAGUCCUUUCCAGUGUUAUUGACAUAUUUUGAUCAACGCCCCUGCUCAGUAUUAUGAUUCAUAUCGCGUAUGUUUGGCAUUACAUCGCGGGCAAAUGCUAUUGCAAUACUUCAUAAUGUUGAACUUGGAAGUUAACACUUCAAAAACCGGAGGAUAAAUUGUUCUUCCAUCUCAUAAUAAAGCAAUCAUGGUGGAGUUCUUCCUUUUUCUUCCCUAUUUUCUCCUGUAUAUUGAAUCCUGACGUUGUCAUAAUGAACAAUAUGAACCUUGCUGCGUUAAUUGAUAGAUGA